AUCUCACUUCCUCUACCACGUUGUAGCCUUCCUUCUGUUCACUGGCAUCCAGUGCAACUCAUCUUGUUGUAGCUUUAGCUGCUCCCCCACGCGACUGAUAGUCGAUCCCUCCCCCCCCCCAGCGUCGACUCCAGAGCGACAAAUCCCAAUACCUGAAGCGACUUUCCAUACGCGACAUUACUCCCUUGCGACAACUUACCCUUUGCCUAAAGCGACAAUCCCCAUUGCAACCAUGGCCGAGGACAAGAAAUAUUCUGGAGAGUUCGUCCGCGAGACUUAUCCUGGUGACGAUAUCCAACAUGGCCAAGUGACCGACAACUCCGACGACUUGCAGCGUCAUCUUGGUAACCGUCAAAUCCAACUCAUUGCGAUUGGUGGUUCUAUUGGAACUGCUCUCUUUGUGUCCAUUGGAGGUGCUCUCAACAAGGGUGGUCCCCUCGGUAUACUCCUCGCAUACACUGGAUACUCUUGCAUCAUCGCUCUCGUGAACAACGCCAUGGCUGAAAUGGCCAGUUUCAUGCCCGUGUCCGGAGGUUUCAUUCGAAUGGCCGGACACUGGGUCGAUGAGUCCCUAGGCUUCAUGGCCGGCUGGAACUUCUUCUUCUACGAAGCUCUGCUGAUUCCUUUCGAAAUCACAGCUCUCAACAUUGUGCUGCGAUACUGGAGAGAUGACAUACCAGUCGCUGCUGUCUGUGCGGCCGUCAUCGUUCUAUAUGCUGCUUGCAACAUCUUGGCUGUAAAGGCAUACGGUGAGGCAGAAUUUUGGCUCUCUGGAGGCAAGGUCCUGCUGAUCCUGAUUCUCUACUGCUUCACCUUCGUCACCAUGGUUGGAGGUAACCCUCAGAAGGAUGCCUAUGGCUUCCGACACUGGCGCGACCCUGGCCCAAUGCCCGGCAGCAGCGAUCUUGGACGUUUCGAAGGCUUCCUAGGUUCUCUUUGGGCUGCGUCCUUCUGUAUCGUUGGUCCCGAGUACAUCUCCAUGGUCUCCGGUGAGGCUAAGCGUCCUCGCGCGUACAUCAAGACCGCGUUCAAGACUGUGUACUUCCGAUUUGGUGCCUUCUUCAUCCUUGGUGCUCUUUGCGUCGGCAUCGUUUUGGCAUACAACGACCCAGAGCUUGUCAGCGUCUUGGCAGCUGGUGAGAGCAGUGCUGCUGCCUCUCCCUACGUCAUUGCUAUGAAGAAUCUCAACAUCGGCGGCCUUCCCCACCUUGUGAACGCCCUCUUGAUCACGAGUAUCUUCUCUGCGGGUAACACGUACACUUACUGCGCGACUCGCAGUCUGUACUCGCUUGCUAUUGAGGGCCGUGCCCCCAAGAUCCUGCGCAAGUGCACCAAGAACGGUGUUCCGAUCUACUGCUUCUGUGUAGUCAUGAUCUUCCCGUUCUUGUCUUUCCUGCAAUUGUCGGACGACUCCGCCAAAGUCCUGACCUGGCUCACCAACAUCAUCACUGCUGGUGGUGUCAUUAACUACAUCGUCAUGUGCGGCACCUACCUUGCUUUCUACAAGGCUUGCAAAGUUCAAGGCCUCGACCGAAAGACGCUCCCUUACUGCGGUUACUUCCAGCCAUAUGGUACCUGGAUUGCGCUCUGCUUCGAGAUUUGCGUUGUCUUUGUGUAUGGUUACAGCACCUUCAAGCCCGGCAACUUCACCCUUGAGUCUUUCUUCACAUACUACACCAUGGUUGGCGUUGCCCCGAUCCUGUUCAUCUUCUGGAAACUCUUUAAGAGGACCAAGUGGCUGAAGCCACAUGAGGUUGACCUUGUCUGGGAUGCUCCUCUCAUCGAUGCCUACGAGGCCUCCUUCAUCACACCACCUGUCGGCUUCUGGACUGAGAUGUUGCAACUUAUCGGACUGAAGCGUAACGUCCCCGUGGACAAGCGUGCUGUUUGAAUUGCUUUUAGCGAAUCAGCGAAACCUGUAUAGCAGAGAUAUUCUGUCAUGAUCUAACGCCAUUGGAUAGAUUUUCUAUCGCCAGAAGCCUAUGAACACUGGCUGCGCUCUUACAUAAAUACUAUACCCAUUCAUUCUGCGAACAUCGAGAUAUGGCAGCUUGCGAAUGAUUCCCGACCUCCGCUAUACCUAUGCGACAAACAGCGAGGCCAAAAAAAGGAUACCCAAGCGACAAUGUACCAUGGAUUUUCGAUUGUGAUUAAUAUAUUGCAGCAUCCUUCCUAAUGGCCUACGCGACACUACUGAGACGACAAUUCCAAUGCGACACAGUCUUAAGAGAUUUCCUAUGCGACAACGCUACCAUGUUCGUAGCAACGCUGGUGAUGCAUCUGCCGUCACGCACCAGCUUGCCUAGUGUCGUA